GAACUUUAAAUCCUCGGAAGAUAUCUUUAUUUGCUCUUUUUUUUAAGGAAUAUCUCUGUUAUCGUUAUCGUCAGUAUCAGUACAAAUCUACAGUUAUGUAAUGAUUAUAAAAUAUAUGUACAAGUUCGGACUGAAAAUCGUUCAGUUGUCUUAGCUCCAAAUAAUGAAUCGAAUAACUCGUGUUUUCAUGUAAAAUUUGAAGUGAAAGAUCGCUUGUUUUAUUAGCUAGAAAAUUGACGUUAAAAUUGGCGGUAGAGAACAUGCGCGGAGCAGCAGCCAAAUCAAAUACAGGCACCGACUGUUAGGAUUCCCCUCCGGUGCAGGUUUCACUCUUCUUAUCCAUGAUCCAAGCUUAUACUUCUUCCCUAUGUUCCUAGGUCCAUGUGAAAUACGCCACCAGAGUAUCAUUCAGCACGGAGCUUGUGCACUUGUGUAACCGCUAUUACAAGUCAAAUCAUGACUUCGUGCCGCUUGCGAUCAUGUAGCCGCUUCUAUCUGACCCUAGUGUUCGCGAUUUUGCGAAACGCGUGACGUGCCUUGACAGUACCGAUGCGGACAAGAGUAUUAUUACCAAUUAUUCAGUGCAGACGACAAUGUCUGGAAGUAGCGAUUCUGAAGAAUUUUUCGAUGCGGAGGAUGAUACUUUCCACCGCAAUACACGAAAAGGUAAACAACGCGAUUCCAUCAGCAUUGAAAUACAGACUAAAGACACAUCAGAAGCUUCCAAAAAAUCAGAUGAUGAUGUUUUUGUGAAACCUGCUCAACCUAAACCAAUUGUAGAACCAAAGGAACAUGUAACUAUAGAAUGUACACUUAGUAAAGAUAAAUCUGUGAGUAUUUAUGACAAUGGAACUAUUACUGACGACUGUAAAAGGUGUUAUAAAGAAUGUUUAUCGUUUAAGGAUGAAGAUGGAAAAGAAUCAAGUAUGGAUAAAAUUGUUGGUAGAAGGAGAUUUCGUGAACUCAGACAACGCAUGCAAACAGAGGAUGAUGAUAUCCCGAUUAAUAGUUCUCCUCCGGACAGCCAAACAUCGUCCAUCGAGGGUGUAUAUCCUACUCCUUCAAAGACAACUCAUCCAUUUAGAAUUAUAGAGCAUGAUACUCUUAGUUUACAAAGUAUGACAUCUUUAGGACGAGUGGGUCGAAUUUUAGCUGGAGUUGGGGACAGUGCCUCUGCUAUACUUGCACCAAAUGUAACUCAGUGCCCCCCUUCUGCUACCCUUACCCGUGAAAGCCAGAUGUCCUCGAUUGCUAGUAUUCCCAGUAAAGAUGAGGAUACAGCAUCGGGUAAGGUGUCCCAGUCCUCCAGCAUCUUUACGUUAUCAGGGGAUAUUCUUCAGGAAUCCUCUGUUAACGGUAGGUCCAAUUACUCUUCGCACUCACAAAAUGAUAAGACUGUUAUCCUUCAAGAACCUGAUGUCAUCGCUAGUACAAAAAAUAAUGGCAAAUCAAAUGAAGAUAUUACUGUGGUUGGAAUACCUGUUGCACCACCAAGACGUAAAAAAAAAUCAAAAGCUCAAACGCCCACUGAUCUUGCUCCUAAUGCCGCAGAAUCAGCAUUACCGACUUCGCCGUUACCAAGUCCAGCAAGUACUAUUGAAUCCAUUACCAGAGAAUUUGAACACUCCCUGGAUAUCCGGUCCGCAACAAAGGGACAAUAUGUUGUGAAACCACAAGAUGAAGAUAAAUCAAAAGCUGAAGGCCCAUCAACUGAAGAGUUAGAAAGAAUAGAAAGAAUGAAAGCAGAGUUAAUGAGUAUGAAAUCAAGCGACAAGUCCAGUAGCCCACUAGGAUCCAUGUCUAGCAAUAGUAUUGGCCGUUAUUCCUUAGGUCCUCACAAAUUUUCGGGCUUAAGUCCCCAAGGUUCGAAAGAAAGACGAAAAUCGGCUGGUGACCAAGACAUGGUCAAACAGCUGAACAUGUUUGUGAGAACAAGAACAGAUUCCGGAAAGCGUCUGACGGACAUGGAAAUUUUGGAACAAGUGACUGUUCUGAAUUUAGAUACCGGUGAGAGAGUGCCAUUAAGUAUAGCGGAAGAUAAAUUGCCACAGUGUAUUAACCCCUUGUCGCUUCACAUCAUGAGACUCACGUCAGAAUACAUAAGUAAUUCCAGUUUGGAGAAAGAAAAAGAAAGUGACGAGGAAAGUGUUGACAGUAAAAUGUCCAGUAUACCACCGGAUGAAGAUGUGUCCGUUGGUAGAGUUCGAAAGAAAACUCAGAAGUUAAAGCGAUUCUUGGGGUCCACCGUGAAGAAGACAAUGGACAAAGCAAAAUCCAUCGCGCAGGAGGUGUCUCACGCGAGACAUAAAGAAGAUGUCAUGGAUAUAGUAGACGACGUGUAUCCCGGUGAACAACAGUACAUCAAACUGAAAGCGUCCAACAGUCACAAAGGCCCGUACGAGUUCAGUUGUUUGCAACACGUUCAAGAUUUGAGUGGUGAGCACGUGGGUCCUGUUUGGUGCAUGAAGUUUUCAGCCUGUGGGCGACUACUCGCCACGGCAGGGCAAGAUCGAGUCCUAAGAAUCUGGGUCUUACGAGAUGCUUUCACGUAUUUCCAAGACCAGCGAACCAAAUACAACGCUGAGAAAGUCAGUCCAACUCCUUCCCAAGAAUCUUUAGUGUCGCAGCAGUCCAUGGAGGACCCCAACGUCGUGGCUAGUGCCUUUAGCGAAAUAGAAGGAACGAAAAGCCCCUUUAUGCCAAAGCCGUUUUGCACCUAUACAGGGCACACCUCGGAUCUGCUCGACGUUUCAUGGUCUAAAAAUUACUUCGUUCUGUCAUCGUCGAUGGAUAAAACCGUGCGUCUUUGGCACAUAUCGCGAAAAGAAUGUUUAUGUUGUUUCCAACACAUUGACUUCGUUACGGCCAUAGUGUUCCAUCCCCGCGAUGAUCGUUACUUCCUCUCCGGAUCUCUGGAUGGCAAACUACGCUUGUGGAACAUCCCGGACAAGAAAGUGGCCGUAUGGAACGAAGUCGACGGUCAAACUAAAUUGAUAACCGCCGCAAAUUUUUGUCAGAACGGAAAGUUCGCGGUGGUCGGCUCCUACGAUGGCCGGUGCAUAUUUUAUAACACGGAUCAGUUGAAGUACCACACGCAGAUACACGUUCGAUCAACCAGAGGGAAGAACUCCACCGGAAGAAAGAUCAGCGGAAUCGAACCCAUGCCGGGUGAAGAUAAAAUCUUGGUUACUUCGAACGACAGUCGUAUUCGUUUGUAUGAUUUACGAGAUUUGAAUUUGUCUUGUAAAUACAAAGGUUACGUUAACGUCAGUAGUCAGAUCAAAGCGAGCUUCAGCCCCGACGGGCAGUACAUAGUCAGCGGCUCGGAGAAUCAGUGCAUUUAUAUUUGGAAAACUCAUCACGAUUAUUCGAAAUUCUCAAGCGUGCGUAGAGAUCGAAACGAUUUUUGGGAGGGUAUUAAGGCUCACAACGCUGUAGUGACUUGUGCGGUGUUUGCACCAAAUCCAGAUAGUAUUAUUAAACAUAUUGAAGAGAGAGAGCAAUGGGAAAGUAAAGAGGACGCGAAAAAUUUAGGCGGUUCAACCAUGGAUGUUCCUCCAGUCGAUCCCGUGGUUGAACAGCGCACUAAAGGCUGUGGCGGACACGUUCUUGUAAGUGCUGAUUUCAAUGGCUGUAUAAAGGUUUUUCUAAACAAGACGAAACCUAAGCAUAGUUCCCUACCAGCAUCUGCUCUCGCGUAACACGAUACUACACUGAUUUGUGCACUAUUGCUAAUAAUAAGAAAUUAAUAAGAACACCAAUAUAUCGUAUACAUAUAUUUGUUUUAUCUCAGCGAAUUACGUAGGCAUCACUGUACGCUAUUUUUUAAGAUAAACGCGGCUGUACUAAAAACUUUCUGAAAGCAGAAUAUUUUGAGAUGCAUGCCAAAAGGCUUACUUCACGAUAAGCUUCAAAGAUUAUAGUUAGUAAUAUUACCCAGAAAUCGAAUGCUCAGAUAAUAUUUCGGUUCUCAUUUACCUAAUUUUAUUGUUAUCAUUAAUUAAUGAUCAUUGAAGGGCUAUCCUGUUCAUUGUAAAUUAUAUAACAUUUGCGUACUAUUAUUAUAAUUUCUACUGAAGCUUUAAAUAAGUCGUAUAAAGUACAUAGUUUUAUAAGACGUUGUAUUUUUAACACUUUUUUAAAUUCGACAUUAUAUUUUUAUUGAUUUUUUUCCUUUCUUGUAUUAUAUAUGUAUUUUCGGUGCUGGUCCACUGCGAUCAAUAUAGUUGUACACGCAAACUUUGCCAAAAUUAUGUUACAAAAUACACAGUGAACGUGGAAUUGUUUCGAUUAAUUUAUAAAACGGAAAGAGCACCUUGGUGAAGAAACAAAGUAUAAAGGACAAGCACGAUGGCCGUAUAGAGUAACGAUUUAAUGAAUUGUAUCGGUAAUCUUGAAUUAAUAUACCUUGGUGAUUCAUCGUUAAACAAAUGUUGGAUAACACCUACAAAGUUUAAUGAAAAUCAAAGUGGAUUUUCAAAUCCUAAUGGUUUCUAAAAUACGUUCUAGAACUUUACCGUGAUAAGAUAGCGUAACACAUCGAAGACAAUAUAUAUAUUAUAUAUAUUAUAAAUAUAAAAAGAAACGAAAAAAUGUUGGUUAGUUGAAUCGCAUCAUCGUUAAGUUUUUCUACGAACGCAGUUCACAUUUUAGAAAUUAAUUCGAAAAUUUAACGUGAAAAUUCAUCGUACAGUAUCGUGUAUGGUUCAGGAAAAUGGCGGCUUAGGGGAAACUGAAAUUCUCAAAUUUACAAACUUACAGAUUUGGAACCUUAGAAAUUUAUAAAUUUAGCGAUUUGGAACGGUAGCGUUUAGGGAAUUCGAUUUAGAAAUUUGGGAAGUUUAGAAAUUCUGAAAUCUGAAUUUGGAAAUUUGAGAAUUUAUAUUCGACUUCUACAUUUUCUUAAGGAAACUAUGCUCGAUAUUGUGUGUCAUGAUUUAACAUUUGCGCUCUGUAUAAAACUGUAUCUUCACCCUUACCGUGUGAAUUGAUUUUGUCAUUUAAUUUUAAUUAGAGCUUAAAGCUUUAACUAUAAUUUGCCAGUAAUUUUUUGUGCAAUCUGUAAUUUAACUGUAAGGUAAUUUAAAGAAAUUCAUCUCCGAAGAAAUUAUUUUUUAAAAUGUGAAUUUUGUUAUUUUUUAAAUUCGCAAAUUGGAGAUUGCACAGUAAGGGAUGAUCGAAGUGAGCGCAAGAACCUUGCUUCUUGACAUAAACAUUAAGUAGAAAAUUGUUAUAACGCUCACACGACUCGCUACGUUCAAUGUUCGACAGGAUCUGUCGUGCCUCAUUUUGAUCUGAUUUGAAGGUGUUGUUCGAAAAUACCUGUUUCGCAAUGUGUCAAUUAUAGCGGCAGAGAGUAUAUGUAUACCCUUGAAACGGCAACCACGCCGUUCGAAACUCUGCAUUUUACGAUUCUCUAUGUAUGUAUUUGAUAAAUUAUGUCUUGAAAGAUGAUGCGCUAUUCGGUCGCGUGUUGAAGUCACGAUGGUCGUAGACGCGACACCUUUGACGCCAUUAUGGUUGCACGAUUACCAUAUUUUGUUAAUAUUUUAGGAUUAUCACAACAUCCAUAAUUCACGGUAUAAUUACUGUGAAUUAAUAUUUGCAAAAUUUGGAGAUCUGCAAAUUUAAGAAUUUGCAAAUUUAUGAAUUUGCAGAUUCCAUAAAAUUUAGGUCAGUGUUAAUACUGAAAUAUUAACAAUAAAUAUUAAUCGUUCCCGUGUCGCAGAAACGAUCAUCAGAAUAUACAGAGUUGCUCAUUACUCGAAUGAUCUCCAAAGUUAAAUUUCAAAUAAAAGUAUUCGAAGACAUAAAUUUUGUUAUCGUAAAAAUAACAAAUAAUGUAGAAUUUGUUACUCUUGCAAUAACUAAAAAAUCGAAUCGUAAAAAAUUGUUUAUCAAUAUUUUUGUUUGAUUUGAAAUUAGCUAAUUGAAGAUCGUUCGGUUAAUCCUCAAUUCCGGCGAUAUACGAUAUAUGUAUUUUAUUUAUAUCGUAAAUUCAAUGUAAAUACGCAGAAAAGAAAUGUAGGUAUUUUGUGUAAAUGCAAUUGUAAAUAUAUAUUAAUCGGGCGAUAGCGUAAAUCGCUUAUUAACGACAUUGUCAUUCCGACAGCGGCGUGCACAAAACUAUUGUUUGUGAUCUCGUAGUAAUCAGUAAUCAUGUAAUAUAUUUAAUGUAUUAAUAGUAUGUUCAUGUAUGAAACAUGUGUCUGUUUUUUAUGUUGCCGUCACACAGCAAUAUACAUAAAGUUUACAUCAAUCAUUAGAAACGUGU